GUAUUUCGAGUGAACCGGAUAAGGAACAUUUAGAGAGCGUACAGGUUCUUUGCUUUCACUUCUUGAGAUGAAAAUGCCGUCUUUGGUUACUAUGGCAGAGAACCCUGUUAGUAAUAAGAAGCUCAUACAUCAGUUGGAGAACCAGGAACUAGAGGCACCAGGUGGAAUAGCUACCCCUCAGGUAUAUGCACAGCUCCUGGCUCUGUAUUUGCUACAGAAUGAUAUGAAUAAUGCAAGGUACCUGUGGAAGAGAAUUCCAUCUGCUAUUAAAUCUGCAAAUCUUGAAUUAGGUGGGAUCUGGUCAGUUGGACAGAGGAUAUGGCAGAGAGAUUUCCCUCAGAUCUAUGCAGCAGUCUGUGCCCAGCAGUGGUCUGAGACCAUCCAGCCAAUUAUGGAAUCACUCCGAGAUACCACCAGGAGGCGAGCUUUUGGACUGGUUGCUCAGGCAUACACUUCAAUUAGUGCUGAUGAUUUUGCAGCUUUCGUUGGACUCCCUGUUGAAGAAGCAGUGAAGGGUGCUAUAGAACAAGGUUGGCAAGCUGAUCCUGCUACACAGAUGGUAAUACCAAGGAAACCAGAACCACCUCCUGUUCCACUGAUUCCCAAUGAGCAGCAGUUAGCCAGACUAACUGACUACGUGGCUUUUCUAGAGAACUGAUGCAUCUUUGUCGGAAGGAAAACAAUAUCCAAUGAUUUCCUGUACACUAGCAGUAACUGGACCUAAAGUCAUUGACAAUAUUAUUAAUAUAUUUAAGUUAUAUCCUGUAAUUCCACAUUUUAGUGUAAUCCUUCUCUGGACUUGUACAUCUAGCAUUAUUUUUAAUGAUAAAUUACGAGUAACUUUAGUAUAUUUAACUAGCUGUAUUUGGUUUUUUCACUUGCUUGUUGUCAUAAAUGAGACUAUGCAUUUAUUGUUGGUCAGCAACCUUUUACACCACGCUUGCCCACAGCAGAAUAUUUUAUGUUAGCAAGUCUUGUGUGUAGAAUUGUACUAGUUUACCAGAAGCUUAAGUGUUUCAAAUGUAUGACUUUAUAAAGAGAGACACAUGCAGCCGUUAACCGAAGAAUACAUUUAUUUUCUAAAGAAAGAGGUGCUUUUAUGAACUGUACCUAAACGUGAAGUUUUGCAUAUAUUGGAACUUGUAUAACUAAAGCAUCCGGUAAUACUUUAUAAUGCGUCAACUUUACUGUAAUUGUGGCAUUUUAUAGUAUCCAAUAUCAAUUUUUUCUGUAUUAAGUAAUACCUAGAGAAGAACAUAAUUUUCUGGGAAGAUGGUAGAAAAUCUCACAUAAGUAAAACAGUGGUAAAGCAUUUGCUUCUAGCAUAGUGGUGGAGAAUACCUUGCACUACCAGCACAGUAGAUGGCACAGCCGUUUUUGCUGCGUAAGGAUUUCAGUAUGUUAUCUUUAAAGCAGUUUACUUUUGUGGGAUUUAAUACGCAGGCUAAAUGUGGUUCUACGGAAGUGUAACCUCUUUUUGGUAAUGUAAUCCUGGAUUUUUGUAGCUGCUAUACUUAAAUAAAAAGAGAAUUGCAUAUGUAGAGUCUUGA